AUGGCCUUCUUGUUCCGCAAGUCAGCGAAGUCUAAUAGCGAGCUCGUACGCUCUACCAAGGAACUGACGACCCGGCUGAGCGAAGAAACAAACCCCAAUCCCAAGACUGAAGAUGAGCUGGCUCGAGACCUCCAGCAGCUGAAGAUCAGGCUUCAAGGCACUCCCGAAUCAGAAGUCAAUCCAGCUUCCGUAUUCGAGCUACUGAGCCUCAUAAUCCAAGACGAUUUGCUCUUCGUUCUUGCAAACAAUAUCCACAAGCUUCCGUUCGAAUCGCGCAAGGACGCUCAAGUCGUCUUCUCGACCGCGUUCCGCUACAAGCCCGCCGGCGCUCCAGAUCCUCAAGUCCUGCAUCACGUCAUACAAUACAGGCCGGAAAUCAUAAUAGCACUAUGCAGAGGAUACGAUCGACGAGAAAGCGCUAUGCCGUGCGGAGGCGUGCUGCGCGAAGCCCUUAAGUACGACUCCAUUGCCGCACUCCUCUUGUACGACGAGCCGACACCAGACGGAAAGACCCGCGAUCUCGCAAGUGUGAACCCAGACGUACCGUCUUCGGGAGAGGGUGUUUUCUGGAGAUUUUUCGAUUGGAUAGACAAGGGCGCGUUUGAAGUCAGCGCAGACGCAUUCAACACAUUCAGGGACAUCCUUACGAAGCACAAGAGCUUGGUGGCGGGGUACCUGCAAACGAACUUCGACAUGUUCUUCUCGAGAUAUAACACGAUAUUGAUUCAGUCAGAGAGCUACGUCACAAAGCGACAGUCCAUUAAGCUCCUAGGCGAGAUAUUGCUUGACAGAGCGAACUACAACGUCAUGACGCAGUAUGUUGAUUCGGGCGAGCAUCUAAAGAUAAUCAUGAAGCUGCUGCGAGAUGACCGGCGCAUGAUUAAUUAUGAAGGAUUUCAUGUCUUCAAGGUUUUUGUUGCUAAUCCCAACAAAUCCGUCGCCGUGCAGCGCAUCCUUAUCAGCAACCGGGAAAAGCUACUACGGUUUCUGCCCAACUUCCUUGAAGACCGUACAGAGGACGAGCAAUUCAAUGACGAAAAAAGCUUCUUGAUUAGGCAGAUAGAACAGCUUCCUCAAGCGCCAAUGGCGCUCCCAGCAGCGGCAUGA